AUGCUUAGAGACCAUGAUAUCCAGAAACUGGCUGGCCAGUUACGUGCUGUCGAUCGGGAAAAUCAGCAGCAUUAUGAGAAUCUGAGUGCUCUCUUGGGAAAUUUCAAUUCGUUACUGGAGAGCUAUAACCUGUUGAAGAGCGACUAUGAAGAGGAGAAGGAAGCACGGGAGAAGUAUAAGAAGAUGGCUAGGGGACAGGAACGGAAUCCUUUCGUCUUGGUGCUUGUGGAUGGUGAUGGAUAUCCGUUCCAAGAGGAUCUUAUCAGAAGCCGCAAUGAAGGUGGAAUAACAGCUGCACGACGUAUGACUGACAGUAUCAAAGAACUAUUGCAUGACCGGCUCGGGGACCAAGCUGAGCAGUGCCGUGUCAUGAUACGCAUCUACGCCAAUCUUCUGGGUUUAUCCAAGGCUUUGGCUCGCGCUGGGCUUGUUGGACACGAAGCUCGUUCAUUUGCAGCGUUUGCGUCUAGUUUUACUCGCUCACAGGAUUUAGCAGAUUUUAUCGAUGCGGGUGAUAAGAAAGAAGGAGCGGAUCAUAAGAUUAGAGAAAUGUUCCGUCUAUUCGCUGAUAUUAACCAGUGCAAACAUAUCUUCUUCGCGGGCUGUCAUGAUGUUGGCUAUCUCUCGUUCUUGAUGCCCUACCGAGGCAUGGCGGAUCGUAUCACCCUACUUAAGGGACCAUCGUUCCAUCCUGAAUUCAAAACAUUGGGACUGCCUAUCUCUGAAAUACCCUCUCUUUUCAUGUCGAGUCCACUUGGCAGCAGCCUUGAACCGAUUACAUCUAAAUCAGCGGUACCUAAAUCGGCGGUCUGCUGGUUCUUCCAAAAGGGUAUUUGCAAAUACGGCAAUGAUUGUUCUAAGCAACACAUAUCAUCACAACAACAUGAAAUGUCUAAAGCCCAAGAAAAUAAGUCGGACACUCAAAGCACCGUGCGAGAAAUGAGGCAUUAUGCGACAAUACCCCGAUCUCCUUCGAGUAAGGACGAAGGACCCCUAGUGCACAUCAACAGAAAUGGAGAUCGCAUUGACACUGCCAUUUCGCAACCAACAAAUGAAGAAUGGAACGCAUAUGCCCGCCGAGCCAAACAACACAAGAUCUGCAACCAGUACCAUUUGGGCGGUGAAUGCAGCAAUCUGAACUGUCAGUUUGACCAUAGUCACGUCGACGAAAGCUUGAUCGAGGUCAUGCGGUAUAUCAUGCGACAGCAUGUAUGCCCAAAUGGAUCUGAUUGCCGACUUGGCAAGUGUUAUCUCGGUCAUAUGUGUCAGAAGCCUGGGUGCAAGGGUGGCAAACCCUGUCGCUUUAGCCAGCACGCCCAUACCCUUGAUCGUCAAAUUUAUGGCAAUACCACGCCAACCGAUACACAUAGUUAUGACUCUAGUAGUUCGGAAGAUUAUGACUAUCUAGCUUAA